AUGUCCGGCGAAGCGUCCACAUCACGCAUCUCGGACCCGUUCCAGCCACAGACAGCAGCGACGACGACGGCGCGCGCACACGACUACAACCAGGCCCCGCGCACCGCACAGCACCCGCAUCAGCACCCACACCAGCACCAGCACCAGCAUCAGCACCAGCAUCAGCAGGCUAGAGCAGGCAGCAGCGGCGGCGGUGGCGGUGGCGGUGGCGGUCCCACGUCCUCGGUCUCUUCGCCCGCAGGCUCGCUGCUACGCCACGUGGACGCCACCAGCAACGCGGCCACCACGCCCAACUCGACAACCACAACCCCCGCACCCGGCACCGGCGGCGGGGGUGGCGGCGGUGAAGGCGGGAGCAGCAGCACGACGACGACGACGACCUCAUCCCCGCACCUCGCGCACAUCAACCCGCUCACCCACCCGCUCUACACGACCCUCUUCCCGCCCGCCGACCUGCCCAUCGCCAACAUCUCGCGCAUCAUGAAGCGCAGCCUGCCCGACAACGCCAAGAUCGCAAAGGACGCAAAGGAGUGCGUCCAGGACUGCGUCUCGGAGCUCAUCAGCUUCGUCACCAGCGAGGCCAGCGACAAGUGCGCCGCCGAAAAGAGAAAGACGAUCAACGGCGACGAUAUCCUCUACGCCAUGCGCGUACUCGGCUUUGACAACUACGAAGAGGUGCUCAAGGUCCACCUCAGCCGGUACAGGAUGGCCCAGGAGACGAACCCACGAGCGCGCAAACGAGCGCACAAGGCUUCGUCAAACGCCCCCGGCGCACCGGGCGGCACCAGCGCCGACGCCGAGGCCGAGGCCGACAACGAGGAACCAGAGGACCACGACGGUGCCGCCGCAGCCCCGGCCGGCGCGACAUCGAACCUACCCUCGCAGCAGUACGAUGCACAGUACAACGACCACCACCACCACCACCAACACCAACAACACCAACAUCGUCACCACCACCACCAGGCUGCACGGUCAGGAGCGGGCGUGGAAUCAUUACCUCGUUGA